AUGGGUGGAUCUGCUGCUAACCCUUCGAUCAACCACCUCGCCAGCGUUCAAGACCAUGCUGCAAUGGAUCCCGAACUUUCCGAGCUGAACAAGCUUAUGCAAGAUUGCGGAGCAACAUUCUAUCUCGAGCAAACUCGCGAUAUGACAAUGUUCAUGCCCACCAACUCCGCAAUCAAGGCACUCUUGCCCCUCGAUCUGCACCAGCUGCCCUGGGAAGUGAAAUGGAGGCUUCUCCAGUACCACAUUGUACCUCAAGACAUCAUCAAUGUCGAAGAGAUUCCCCUGGAUGCAUCUAAGUCUUUCAGCACAUGGGAAGGAAGCACAAUCAAGGUGACACACAAAAGGCGAGGACAACUCUCCGGUUUGCGGGGGCAAUCUGCUACCCAUGGUCCUUCCUCGCUGUACUUGGUGAACGAUAUUAGCACAAUUGUCAGCGACCCCCCGCGGAUCGAAAAUUUCAAUGGGGCUUCCUACAAAAUAGACCGCGUAAUCAUUCCCCCUGACAUGGACCUCAGGUCGGUUGAGGCUGCACCAGUGGAGCAGCGCCAGAAUCCUGAAGAUCUGUAUCUCGGUCCCCGAGUCAUCGGAGACUCAGGGAACGCCGUCGACAUUACUGAACAAUCUACCCACGGAUUAGUUAAUUCUUCCUCCAACAGCGCCUUGGGUCUUCCGACGAUGCGAUCUACCCCAGUUCCUACUGUCGCACGGUCUCCAUCGUCCAUUUCUGCCCUGGCCAUCGACGAGGAAACAUUUCCAGAAUAUCCUCCAAACAGCAUCCAAAUCAACCAGAAUGGGCCUCGACCGUCACAUUUCGGAGUUCCCUUUUCACCUGAAGACGAGGGGGCGGAGCUCGUUCUCCCCCCGCAUCCAUUCGAGGCUCUUUUAGUCGGUACUGUCCAUGCAGUAGAGACGGGCAACGGAGAAGAGCAAGCGAUACACGCGUCGACAGAAGCGAGAACGGAAUCCGGAACGAUACAGAAAAAAAGGGACGAACACGGCCACGAACGCCGCGAAGAGAAAGAGAGCGAGACACACUCUGCAUCACCACAGAAGCCUGACUCUUCCUCUUAUUCCUCGCGAUUCUCGGAGGAAAUAGGCGCCGAACAAGAACCUGAAACUCUCCUCAAAGAGUCGGAGACCCGAGCUUUCGAUCCCCACGUGGUAUCCACUUCCAUUGCAGCACUAGGUCUCACUGAUGGGUUGCUGCCGGAAGAAGAACUCGUCACACAUUUUUGGAGUAAACCGGCAGGCGGGAAAAACAAAGCCAACCGCACAGCAGGGAGGGAGAGCGUGUCUGACCUCCAGGGAGGACGAGGAGAUAGAUCAGAAAAAACGACACACACUCGGCACCAGCAAGGCGCACAGGGAGGUCAGACAGGGUCUGGCCCUCUUGGCGACCUCACGAAUAUUCUCGGUCUGCCUGGAGAUCACGAGCGUCUGUAA